AGGCAGUAGGAGCAUGCUCCCUCAAAUAUCCACCGUUUGAUAUCCUGAUCUUUUAUAUGUCACACAACUGAUUCCAUCGGACGUACAGAAUCUGCAGAGGACAAAGAUCCCCAUACAGCACGAAACUAUGUACGAUUUUGUUUUGUAUUUUAUCGGUGAAAUUUCUUUGCAGUUCUGCGUGCAGCACCUACUGCACGUUUCUGUUUUUUCUUUGCAGUGAGUGUCUCAGUCCAAGUCUACCAAAACCAUCAUGAGUCUUCGUCUCAAAGACCGUUGUUUCUCUCUCUUUCUCUGCCUCUGCCUCUGCCUCUGCAUUCAUCAGUAAAUACUAGUUAAUAUUUAUUUUUAUGGGGUUUUAAUUCUUUGUGAGGAGUUGUUUUGUUUUGGAGGAGUUGCAGGGGCCACCUAAUCCAACACCCACGUCUUUAAAUCUUCUCAUUUCGUCUCAAAUUUUGCAAAGACGUCAACUUUGAGUCCUUUGAUGCUCUGUACUCAAUUUUCUCUUUCUGGGUGUUUGAAAUGUCGGCUCUUGAAAUGUCCCACAUCGAUUUAGAGCAAGGAAACCACCGCCGCUCCCUCGCCGGAAGUGAUGCCAGCGUCACGGCCGACGGAAAUCACAGUUUCUCAGAUGAAGAGGAGGGUUCUUGCUACUCCCAGUUUUAUUCGACCACUGGUGGGUCCUACGAUGAGUACAGCUUUGCUUGUGUUGAUCCGGAGAUUGGUUGGUUCAUGUCGGAUUCUAGAAGGGCCUCCUCGGUGUCGGAUUGCUCGGUGGAGGUGGAGGGUGGGGUCCGUGAAAUGAAGGUGCAUUUGGCUAAGGUGGAGAGAGUCUGUAGAAUUUGCUAUCUGGGUUUGGAAAGUGACAGUCAUGAAUCUGGUUUUCCCAUUGAACUGGGUUGUUCUUGUAAGGAUGAUUUGGCUGCUGCUCAUAAACAAUGUGCAGAAACUUGGUUCAAGAUCAAAGGAAACAAGACUUGCGAAAUUUGUAAUUCUAUUGCACGAAACAUCACGUUAGCAAGUGAAAGUGAGUUGACAGAGCAGCUGAACGAGUCCAACAAUGCCACUGCCACUGCCACAGCCGUCUCAGCAUCAGUUCCGCAAGCAGAACCUCGAAGCUUUUGGCGUGGCCACCGUCUCUUGAACUUUCUGCUGGCAUGUAUGGUACUUGCAUUUGUUAUAUCAUGGCUCUUCCACUUUAAAGUGCCAGCUUCUUAAAAUGCAAACAUGAGAUUCCCAGCCAUACAACGGGAAAUAAAGAAAAGGAGACGAGAAAUCCUAUAGAAGAACCUGCACAACUUGUUGCUAUGAUAUGAACAACAAGAUAUGUAGAGAGCCUUGGGUUUUAAUCUGUAUUUAAGACUCUAGUGCUCGACUGCUUCAUCAUACGUGUAGAGAAUUUAUUGUAUCUAUAUAUACAUCUCC